GAGAGAGAGGGAGAGAGAGAGAGAGAGAGAGAGGAGGCUAUGGAGCACGACCGUUCACUCUCGCUGUCGGCGAUGUAACACACCGACAGCAUCCAUUCGGGACGCACUGGAAAUAAUGCUUAGGCUACUUUAUUAUUUGUGCGCUACAACAAAAAGCACUCUGGCGUGUGUUCGCCUCAACUAAUUGUUGCUUUUCAGACGAGAAUCCCUCCCCGUGGGCUUAAAUUACAUCUCUGCAGCAUCCUUGCAGAGUAGCCUCUGCUGCCGAUUCCAUUUUUUUUUUUUGCCCGGCUGCAUUUAGAGGUGCCAUCGGCGGAACUGGGAGACUGGGCUCACAUAUCUGGGCUCCUGCACAGCAUCCUGGACCGUCUUAUUCGUCGGAGUGGAGUAAAUAAUUAGAAGGGGGGGAAAAAAGGAAAAAAGUUCGGAUCCUUUCUCUAGACACGAACGAGCGUCUUGUGCAUGGAUUUAGCUUGAUGCGAAUUAAUUAAAAAGGCGUCAGGAAGCCAGAAGAUAGGCUGGUGUGCAGAUGAGGAUUACGAAGUGGUGCUCGUCAGACGCGGCGCUGUUCACCUGGAAUACCUGAAGCUCUCCAAUGACGCGCAGCUGCAUCAACUUAUCAACACUGUUGCAUGUUUUCACGACUGAUAUGUCGGCCCCUGUGGCCUAGACCGUAGAUUUAUGUUUCAUAUAGGCUGAGAUCGGUUGCUGUUGAUUCGGAGCCCCGAGUGCCACAAACUCGCAGCAGCUGAAUUACACGCCACGGUCCCCUCAAGAGGAUGCUACCUGAAGCGCAAUGAUGCACGGAACUCGGAGGAUUUCGUGAUCAGGAUGACAUUUGGUUGAAACACCCGUGGGCCGAAACACAGAACAAACUCUCUUAUAUUUUUUUGCGGCAAGAAGCUGCAUCAAAGAUCCGACCUCUGCCGAACUAGACUCUCGGUUUUCAGUCUCGGUUCGGGGAGAUGGCCGCGAUCGCCAGCUCCCUGAUCCGGCAGAAACGCCAGGCGAGGGAGUCGAACAGCGACCGGGUCUCUACCUCGAAACGUCGCCCCAGCCCCAGCAAAGACCCCCGCUCUCUCUGCGAGAGGCAUUUCUUGGGGGUCUUCAGCAAAGUCCGCUUCUGCAGUGGCAAGAAAAGACCCGUUCGGCGGCGACCAGAUGCACCCUCGAAACCUCCACAGGUGUCCCAUAAGGGCUGCAGGCUAGAGCCGCAGCUGAAAGGCAUCGUGACACGACUGUUCAGCCAGCAGGGCUUCUACCUGCAGAUGCAGCCGGAUGGAACCAUCGACGGCAGCAAGGACGAGAACAGCGACAACACCCUGUUUAAUCUUAUUCCUGUGGGUCUGAGAGUGGUGGCCAUCCAGGGGGUGAAGAGUGGCUUCUACAUCGCCAUGAAUGGCGAGGGCAUGCUCUACAGCUCGGAGAUGUUCACACCGGAGUGUAAGUUCAAGGAGUCCGUAUUCGAGAACUACUAUGUGAUCUACUCGUCCACUGUAUACCGUCAGCAGGAGUCGGGCCGAGCCUGGUUCCUUGGCCUCACCAAGGAGGGGCAAGUUAUGAAGGGCAAUCGGGUCAAGAAGACUAAGCCCUCAUCACACUUUGUGCCCAGGCCCAUUGAAGUUUGUAUGUACAGGGAGCCGUCACUGCAUGAGAUAGAGGACAAGCACCGAUCCAGAAAGAGCUCAGGGACUCCCACCAUGAACGGAGGGAAAGCUGUCAAUCAGGACUCCACAUAGCAGCGAGGGGAGGGGCUUCCGGCUGGGGGAGUGGCCUAAUCCUGACUCAGGGGGAGGGGCCACAGGAAAACUCACCUCCCCCCAAAAAUACAUACCACCAUCCCCUCUGAAAGGAAAGAGGGCGUUGUGACGACAACGAGGAGCUACUACUGUACACCCAAGACAACAAACAACAACAAACUGAACUCUUGCCUGUGAAAACCUUUUAGAUGAAUUAAUAUGAAACCAGAGGAUAUAUAUAUAUGAAAAAAAAAAUAUUUUCAAUCAGGACUUGACCAACAUUUUAUGCAAAAAAAGAGAAAAAGCUGUGAUAAACAAACAAAGGAAUGGUGGUCUCUCUUCACACAAAUACAAAUAUCUAUCAUUUCCAAUUUAUGCUGUGAAAAACAAGCUUUAAUACAUGUUCAAUUUUCAUACAUUGAGUUUGUUUUUUUCUAAAUGCUGUUGCACUCUCAUGCGCUUUAUUGUGUUAUUGCUGUCAUUAAUAACUAUAUCAUCAUCACUACUAAUCAGUUGCUCUUAUCAUCCCAGUUACUGUCAUGGUUAUUCUGACUUUCUUUUGUUAGACUUAAGAAAGUUUGUUUUUGUUUUCUUUCAAUUACUCCUAUGUUUUCUUCUCUCACAGUUUGAUCUUGAACGCACUGUCACACUAUCUGCUCUGGUGUGAGGGUAAGACUGAAUGUAUUUGAUAGUUCUCUGUGUUGGACUCCAAUGGGAACAGAGUGCUUAGGGUGGGAUGUAAUUUACUCAGGUGUGUACUGUAAGUUAGACUAAUGAGACUAAUAGGACAGAUAGGGCUCUUUGAAACACUCUUACAUGAUCUCCCCUAUGUUGUCCUACUAUGACAGGACAGGAUACAAGCAAUAUAACAGAGAGCAGUCGAGUAUGUCUCUAAAUAAUAGUAAUAACAAGCUGACAACACGUGUCUGUGGUUGGGGUGUUUGUCAGUAGGUAAGACUGACAAAGAAAGUUGAAUAGGCAGGUCAAAGGUCGGAAACAAAGGGAAACUGUUUUGAUAAAGCUUCAGUAUGCGCUUAAUGUUUGCAAGGUUUUAGGUAAAGAGUUGUCCAAACUUGUCUAAAAUGGCAAAGAAUAGUAAUCUCUCCAAAGGCUGAGAGGAAAAUAAUGACCAGCAUCAGCACUAUGAGCCAUGGCCAUAAACGGUCACUUCACAUUUACCACCUCAAGAAACACAGACCCCCCCCCCCUUCUCUGCUGUUAGCUAGGCCAUAACAACAACUCUCCAAGUAUAACUAUAUACCAUAAUUCAUGCUUUUGAACUAUAUGGACAAAUCAUGAAAUAAUCUUUAAUGAAAGACUCGUGCUGUUUUGUUCUAAGCAAGAGAACGGUUUAAAGAAAGUUGUAUUAGCUGGCCUGGCAGUGUAGAUUUGUGUUGACUGGUUUUCAAGAGGUUGUAUAAUUUCUGUUACUUUCAUUGUGAAAGCAUUAGAGAUUUCUCAACACUGGUCUGACUGCCUGACUGUUUAAUAAUCCACUGACCUGGCCUGUUGAUAUUUUCAAUGUAGAGGUCACAAUCAUUAAGACUUUCCCAUCACAAUGGAAGCAGAGCGCCUCGUUGAGGAGCCAGUUCGUCUGGAUUGCGCCAGGUUCAAGGAAGGAUGUCUUACCAUCCCAGUGAGAGCAUGUCACCGUUUGUUUUCUCUGACAUGGUAACCCAUAGAGUCUCCAUCCCUCCUGGUUUUGUGACCCAUGAAAUGAGCCAUUUGCUGCAUUGUGGAGGAAAGCUUCUCUUUCAUAAUUCAACAUGCUGACAGGGCUGUAUAAACAAGGUGAAUUGACUGGUACACCGCGCACGCUGUGUACGCUGCAUAACUCAUUCCUAAUCCCCAAUUAGUUUGUCUAACUCAGGAAGUCCUACAAUUGUUCCGUGAAUGGGGCCAGACGUAAAGGCUGACCGCUCGUUGUCCAGCACCCGUUGCACAAAGCCUGGCCACCGGUGUGGUGUUUCAAGAGGUCGGGAUGGGGUUGGUGGUGUUUUUAUCAUUACAGACGGUGUACAGCUAAGCCUAGCCAGGUUAGGAAGGUUGAAAAAAAGGGAUUAUACGAAGCGAGACGAAGCAUGACCAUCGCAUGAAAGUAAAAGUUGAUGUAAGCGUGGAUUGAUUUUGAGGGGAGAGCAACUAAAAGAUUGUUUCAAAUCUUCAGAGAAAAGGUCCAAAACUUUUUUAUGCAACAUUUUGAUCAGUAUUUUAGCGAGAGUUUAUACAUCUCUCCUAUAUCUGGUUGGAAAUUGUAUGCUCGGUUUGGUGGUAUGUACAGUAAAUAGCACACAUUCAGUUGCACAGUGCAAAUCGCAGUGAUAUAUCAUCAUGGAUCUGGGAGGGUCUUCCACCUGGGGCCCAGAUCCAUAGCUGGUGCAAGUUACCUGCAAGAGCUAAUGGUAGAUUAGUUCAACUUCCACAGCACCUACAGCAUAACAGUGAUACAUACAGUAUAUUAGAUGUGACACUGAAAGUCAACAGGCAAGACCAGCAUAUAUAGGUAUCUUUUUAUAGAGGUUUAUAUUGGUGCAAAUGAGAUACAUGUGGACUUAAAGCAAUGCAUGAAAUUGGAUGUACUCAAUGUCAACUGUUGACAGCAGAAUGAGAGGAUUUGAAAAAGAUGAAUAAAGUAAGGAGGUAAAAAUAGCCAAUGUGAGAAAGCAGUGAAGGAGAGCACUUUUGGUGGGUUUAUUGAUGUAUGAAAGGGUGAGCAAAGGCUGGUUGUAUGUGGUAUCAAGUAUAAUUUAUUAUUUUUAUGUUUGCAGAUGAUUUCACUGCAUUGGAACACGCUCAUAUAUGCAUUAUGAAUUGUGAGAUGAAAUUAAAAAUAUGCAUUGAUAAUAAAAAUCAGAAUGAAGUUAGUGAUUGUUUAAGAAUAAAGACUAUGUUAUCAAAAUCUUUCA